AUGCUCAAAGGGAACACUGCCAGGCUUGACGAUCAGGAUACGGUCUACGCGGCUAAACUCAAGGGCAUCCUACUCGGACUCAGGCAUAUUAAAGAUGACCUGGUGAGAGAGCUCGUCGCUAUUGCGAGAGCCCCAGCCCGCAAAGUGACCAUAUUCACGGACAACCAGGCCGCCAUCCAAGCAUGUGUCGAUCCACGACCCAGCUCUGGGCAGCAGAUUCUCCGCAUCAUCGUCAUGUGA